AUGGGCCUUACAGUCACCAUGGGAGAAGCCGAGGCUAUGUGUCUCGUCCGAAACUCCACAUCAGUCCCUGUCCCAGAGGUGCUCAAUGCUUAUAUGAUUGAAGAUAUUGGGUUUAUCUUAAUGAGGAAGAUACCAGGUGCUCCUCUUGAGGCAUGCUGGGAAAGUCUUUCUGAGGAUUCCCAACAAUGCAUCCUGGAGCAACUCCGAGUCUAUGUACAUGAAUGGCGCCGAGUCGAAGGUACUUUCUUUGGGUCUGUAGAUCAAGGUCCCUGUGAAGAUAUCGUCUUUAAGCACCCAUGGGGAGAGAAAAACUAUCAAUACGGGCCAUUUCAAACCCGAAAGGCAUUUAACCAGGGUGUUGUUAAUGCGCUUAAGAAUUCGAGACCUGGUGGGCAACUGGUCGACGAGGAUGACUACCGCCUAGCAGAAGAGAUUCUUGCAUCAGGGGAGAAUGGGCAAGACGAGAGAAAAAUCUUAACUCAUGGUGACCUACACCCCACUAAUAUCAUCAUCAACGACGGUAAGGUAGCUGGGAUUAUUGACUGGGGUGCAGCAGGGUACAGUAUUGCUGCAAGGGAAUACUUCGGCUUGGUUUGGGCGACACCGGAUUCAUCAUGGAGAAGACUUGCAUCUACCAUUCUCCCCUCGGAUGAGUAUGAUUUUUGGGCUAAGGUGAAUUAUUCCAUGACUGACUAUACGGGCAUCUAA